AAGUAAAAUAUUAUGAAAAUAUUUAUAUGGGUAAAUCAUGCGUCUAUUACCAGAACACGUAAAUGAAUGCGUGCUUCGAGCUGUUUAAAUAAAGUUUUGUUUGUUUUCAAUGACCGCAAAGAUGGCUUCCUCUUUAUUAAAGGUUGCAGUGACAGGUCUCUCGAGAUGUGCUCGGCACAGUGUCCCCUCAGUGAGGGCAUUGUCUCUGACAGUUCCCGUCAGUCAAGGUGUCCCUCGGUCCUUGUGGAAGUUAGGCAGGCUGAAUCACGUGGCUAUCGCAGUCCCAGACCUAGAGAAAGCCACAGCGCUGUACCGCGAUGUGCUGGGGGCUCAGGUGAGCGCCACGGUGCCUCUCCCUGAACAUGGAGUGUACACCGUGUUUGUGGAACUGGGAAACACAAAGUUAGAGCUUCUACACCCUCUGGGAGAAAAAAGCCCCAUUGCAGGAUUCCUGCAGAAGAAUAAAGCUGGAGGGAUGCAUCAUAUCUGUAUUGAGGUGGAUGACAUCAAUGCAGCAAUAGUUGAUUUGAAGGAAAAGAAAAUCCGACUGCUCUCCCCAGAGCCACGGAUAGGAGCUCAUGGCAAACCUGUGAUGUUCCUCCACCCUAAAGACUGUGAUGGGGUUCUUGUGGAGAUAGAGCAAGCCUAGAUUUUACACAUGAGA